UCCAAGAGAUGCGGUUGCACGACUCUGACAGCCACUUUAGAUAUCUGAGGAUGUCGAAGACUACAUUUGACCAACUUUUGGCAAAAGUGGGGCCUUUGUUGGUUCGUCGUCGGUACAGCAGUGUCGUCCGACCAUCAAUAUCCCCUGGCGAGAGACUGGCGUUGACCCUUCGCUAUUUGGCAACGGGAAACUCGCAGAUAUCGCUUUCUUUCAGUUUCCGUGUUGGGGCGGCAACAGUAUGCCAAAUUGUUAGGGAGGCUUGCAUUGCCAUAUGGAACGUUCUGAUGGAAGAGUACGUGAUGGCCCCUGCUACAGAAGACGACUGGAAGAGUAUCAGUGCACAAUUUUCUCAACUCUGGAAUUUUCCAAACUGUCUUGGAGCAAUAGACGGUAAACAUGUGGUAAUUCAGGCUCCUGAUAGAUCAGGUUCCACAUACUACAACUACAAGGGGACUUAUUCCAUUGUUCUAUUGGCAGUGUGUGAUGCUCACUACAGAUUUAUUCUAGUAGAUGUAGGAGAUUCAGGUCGCCAUAGUGAUGGUGGUGUGUUUUCAAAUUCAGCAUUUGGCCAAGCAAUUGAAUUAGGUAGCUUGUCAUUACCAGUAAGUAGGCUAUUGCCUGGAACCAGCACAGAGGCUCCAUUCGUGUUUGUUGGUGAUGAGGCAUUCUCUUUACGUACCAACAUGUUGAGACCGUAUCCAGGUAGGGGCCUAGAUGAACGAACGGCUGUGUUUAAUUACAGGUUAAGCAGAGCUAGGCGUGUGAUUGAAAACACUUUUGGAAUUUUGGCUGCACGUUGGAGGAUAUUUAGGCGACCCAUCAUUGCAGCACCAGACAAUGCUGUCAUAUUUACAAAAGCAGCUAUUGCCCUUCACAACUACCUACGAACCAAUGAGUCUUCGGUGUAUUGUCCCCCAGGCUUUACUGAUGCUGAAGAUGGUGCUGGUCACUUACUGAGAGGAAAUUGGAGGCAUGAAGUUGAUGAUAGUGGGUUGUCCAGAAUUGGACAAAUAGGAGGAAAUCGGAGCAGUCGAUCUGCAGCUGAAGUGAGAGACAUGUACCGAGACUAUUUUAUGACACCAGAAGGAGAGGUCACCUGGCAGUACCACCAUGUCAACCGCAAAGACUAUUAA